UGAGAGCAUCUCUGCUGCCCUCUCUCAGCUUCUCUGCUGCUUGUUGCGUCAGUCGACUCUUGAUGGCCUUAUCGCAUAGUGACACGUCGCCUUAGAUCUUGGCUGAUAUAUAUCGCCGCCGUUGAACGUCCACUUCAGUUUAUAUCGACAUGCUAGACCAGUUGUAACUAUACGGAGAGGAGACAGUGAACAUUGCUGUAGGCUAGGCCUAUAUAUAAUUUCGAUCGUAAUUUAUAUCGUGGAUGGACUGCAAACGUGCGAGAAAAUGUUGGCGAGACUGAAUAUUUGUGCAAUAGUGCUUGUGAUUGGAGUGCAAAGUGGGGAAGUUGCAGAAUGGCGGCAGCAAAGAGAAAAGGCUGUCGAUGCCUUGUUUCACCAGCAGGAGGCGGCGUGGGGCGUGGAGCUGCUGCAGCAGGCCGCCAGCCAAGGAAACCUGGACGCCAAGAGUGACCUGACCCUAGCUCUUCUCCUGGGAAUAGGUGUGACCCAGGACAUCGCUGGCGCUGCGUCGUCGUCGAGCAGCCUAGUGAGCGUUGGGGGGGCUCGGGCCCACACCACGCAGGCCAUCCUCCUCUCCCACAACCUGACUGGCACCUCCCUCACGCAGGAGGAGCGCCAGAGUCAGGCUGUGUCACACUACAUGGUGGCGGCCAUGAACAAGGACCCGCUGGCGCAAAUUAUGGUGGGCGGACACUAUUGGAGUGGUGGCGACUGUCAUGCUGCCCUUCAGUACCUGCGACGAGCUGCCUCUACGGUCGCCCCCACUGCCAGCGAGGAGGCCAAGGGUCGUAAUCCGCCCAGAUACGUAUGGGCUGAGGACGACACAAUGGCCUCUUUCUACCAGAUGCCCUCUCUCGACGAGUUUCAAUACCUGGAGUAUUCGGCCAUGAACGGCGACGCCGAGGCGGCCCUUAGAGCCGCCAUCAUCUUGUACAAGGGCGUGCCCGACAUUGGGUAUGAUCCCGUGCGUGCCGCAGAGUAUUUGCGGCAGGCUGCCGAGACCAACAGCACCACGGCCAUGGUAAUGCUGGCCGCUAUGCACCUUCACAAAACGGUCCCCCCAGACAGAGAUGACACACUCGACCUGCUCCAGAUGGCACUCUCCCUCGGUGACAAGACCGCACACACAUAUUUAGGUCUUCUUUUCCUACAAGGGUUCGGAGAUGUGCCCAAAAAUUUAGCAAAAGCCAAAAAACAUCUGCAACAAGGCAUCAAAACGGGUAGUGUGGAAGCCUUCUAUUUGCUUGGCAGAGUGUACGAGGACCCCGAUAGCUCUGGGUCACUGGAGGAAGCCAUGAUGAUGUGGGAGGUGUCCGCCACGUUCGGUCACGUGCCCUCAGCCUUCAGAGUGGCUGAGAACUACUGGCAGAAGAUGAACAAGGCUGCCUCCACCACCGUUAUCCCGGAGAGCACUUCGGCUGUGGCAGAGAACCUAUGCCGUGAAGCUCUUCCGUUCUACAGGAUGACCGCUCUCUCCGGAAGCUGGCAGUAUCUGCAGGAAGCUGCCUACGACGACUACAGAGGAGGACGUUACUCCUCAGCGCUGCUCAAGUACUUGUUGCUCUCAGAUCUGGGCUACACGUCAGCACAUGUCAAUGCGGGUCGUCUCCUGGACUCCGGGGUGGUGGAUGUAUACAGUAGCCAGGAAGCGGCCCGCAGUGAAGCACUUAAAGUGUGGCGCCGUGCAGCGGAUGCCGGGGUAGCCGCGGGGCACCUGCGCCUUGGUGACAUGUACUACUAUGGCGAGGGAGUGCCACGGGACGUUGUGGCAGCAGCUAAGCACUACGGUGAUGGUGCCAAGUUGGGCAGCGCUGAAGCCCUCUUUAACAUGGCCAACAUGAAGGAGUGGGGUGAAGGGACUUUCCAGAACAUCACCAAGGCGAGGGUGUUAUACCAGGCAGCCCUCGAGGCCAGUCCUGAAGAUGCACUUGUUCCCGUAAGCCUGGCACUCUUCAGGAUGGACGCCAUACUUGCUAUUAAUGCCACGAUCGGCCUCGACCUGUACUCUGUUGACUGGUUCCCCGCCAAACUCUCAAGACGGCGUAAUUUAUUCUCAAGUUUUCUUUCGUACUUUCCUGAAUGGGAUGUUGCUCUUAUGGUGGCCUUGGCGAUAGUUAUUGUUGUGAUGCUAACUGCUCGCUACAGGCGUUGAUACGUGUGUGGUGCGCCGUAUAUGUCGGGCCAUACGUCAGUGUUUUUAAACUUGUCUUCUCAUGGCCCACUUUAUAUAUAAAUACAUGACCGAGACCUAAGGAAAAUAAAUUAUAUCCAGAGUCUUUAGAAAAAACUUUAAACGACAGCAUAUUAGUUCAGAUUAAAAAGUUAGCUAAUUAUUAUCAUAUUUGUUAUUACUGUUGUCAUUAUUAUUAUCAGUUGUGGUUAGUUUAAAGAACUAAAAUGAGUUAUCGUGCAACACUCCUCGGGGGUCGUGUUUCUGGUUACACUCUUCUUUCAAGUUCACCUAUCAUGUCCUCAGUCAUGUCCUCAGUCACUCACAACUGAGUAUCAAUCAUAUGGACAUUGUCAGUCACAGUCACUAUAUACCGUCGAUAUGUCUGUCCGUCGCCCUCACCAUACGGAAUGUCCGUAAAUCACUGUCAUAUGACUCAUCUCAAUCACCAUCACCAAACUGACAUGCUUGUCAGUAACUCACCUUACGUAUAUAUUUGCAGUCACCAUAACUAUCUGCAGUCACCAUAACUAUACGGGCAUGUCUAUCAGUCACCCUAACCAUAUGCACAUGUCUGUUGUCACCAUCACCUUUUAAAUUUCCUUCAUCACCAUUUACCAUAUUUAAUGCACGUCAUUUCCUCACACAAACUGAAUGACUUAAUAAUCAUUCGUCACAUACAAAUAAUUGUGUAUAUCUAUAUUGUGUAAUCUAGUCAUAUGGAAACGUUACUAAUUUGUGUAUAUAAUAAAAAUGAGCAUAUAUUUGUAAAUGUUACAUUGGAUAUUUUUCCCGUGGAUCUUUUCUGAUUGUCAUUCCAUUUUAAAGUUAUUUUUGACCACUAUCCAUCUGUGCAAAUUAUAAUGUGAGGGGAUUAUACCUGUGUAGGCUACGCUUAGAGCUCCACAUUAUAUACAUAUAUAUAUACCGGGGGUAUAUAUAUUACAUAUAUAUUUUUUUUACAUUUAUCUAAAUUUAAAGCCAUGAAUAACCUCCUGUGUAAGUUAUGCCACAAGCCCAAAUAUUAUCAUAACUAUGAAUUUAUCUUUGUAUGUUAUAAUUUUGCUAAUGUGAUUGUGUAUCGGGAAAAGCACACAAGAUGUUAAAUAAUGUUAGUAGGUUAAUAUUACCAAGGCAACACCUUCGGGUAAACAUACAACAAAGGUGUUUGUGAUGAUGGUAGAAUAAUUAAAACAUUUUUUUUGUUUAGAAUUAUCAUAAAUUGAAAUAUAUAACACACCACUACAAAUUAAUUUUCAAAUGACAACAAAUAUAAAUACUAGGCACACAUAGGAGUCAAAUCAUUAAAUAAUAGCAGUCAUUAUAUAUAUAAAGCUAAUUAUGACAACUCUUCUGUAUUAAAUAAGUUUACAUUUCAUCUAUUCAAAUUAAUUACUUUGGCACUUUAAGUAACUUACAUAAUUGGUUCUGUACAAAUCGGCUCAGAAUGUUAAUGUCAGAUUUUUUACAUUGAUUAUGUGCAAAAAUAUGUUACGAAGUUAGAGAUUUCCUGCAGCUCUUGAGUUGUUUUUCGUUGCCAUGAUGUAAUCGUAGUUUUAUCUCUAAUGUCUGCCGGGUAUCUUAUAUUUUCGGAACUCUGUAAUUACGCUUAUCGAGGUCUCCAUUGGCCAGUUAGUACUACUGACCUCUAGGAUGCAACCCAUAAGAAUUGUGUAAAUCCUGAAUACCUAUUGCUUGCUAGGUGAGUAGACACAUCAGAUAAAGGAAAUGUGGCCAAACGUCUAUGUCCUGCCCGGGGAAAUUGAACCCCAGGAGGGGCAAGACCCUUGGUUGUGUGUCGGCGACGUAGCCCACUUAAUUCUCGGUGUAUAUACCGUAAGUUUCCUUCUGGACUAUGUAUACUUGCUGGUUGGUCAGUAAGCUGUUGUGGUGGCCUUAAUAACUCUCCAUGACAGUGGCUGAUAGGGUUUAAGCCCAAUACCAAACCACGGUGGAGAAACCCAAGAAUAAUAGUGAUAGGGUUGUGGAGGAGUUGUAGUGGUGACCAUUGUUUCAUACAGAGAGCCUCCCUCCUCAUUCACACUUCUGUGUCGUCGCCGAUCACACAUGGGGAACUCAGCGAACAAAAUAUUUUCAUGUGGGUGUUUUUAGAAGCAUCUCGGCACAGUCAGCGCCCACCAAGUACACGUAUUUUUUUAGUUUUUACAAGGAUUUAAUUAAUUCUUUUCAUAUUUAAUUAUUUUGAAAGUGCAUCUUAAUUUCUUAUUUAUGUAUUCAUAUUAUAUAUGAAGCUAGUCCUAAUAACAAGCAAUGUUGUUGUUAUUUUUAAGUUACAACUCUUGUAUAAUGAAAAUAGUACUGAAAAUUGGAGGGAAAAUAUAUUUAUUGUUCAGUAAUGUUCCAAUUAGUAUAGUACUUGUGCGGCUGUGAUCUAUGAUGCUGGCCACACCCAUUAAGCUUUAUGUGUCACUGUCUGUUAGGCUGUAAGUAAAGUACCAAAUAACACGUUGGCUUAUAUGCAUUUUGGAGUACAUUUUGUAUUGAAUUCUAUUUUCUAUACUUUGUAUAUUUUAUAUAAUUCAGGGAAUAUAUUCUGCUGACUGAUACAUAUGUUUUCGCAUGAUGUACAAAAAUGUUAAUCUAUUGAUAUUAUGCAACUUAGCUAUGUGCCAUGUAGACUCUAGAUUAACUGUAUAUGAAUUUGUUAUAUCGUUUUAAUAUCAAUGUAAUAACAUUAUUAAUACUAUAUUUGGCUUAAAAAUUAAAUUUUUCUAUUACCUUAGUAAUGCUAUGUAAUGCACAGGUUUAACGUUAAUGUGUCAUGAAUAGCCUCACCUGAGGUUUGAAAUGUGAUAUAUAGUCUAGAUAAACAUCCCCUCCUCACAUGGCAGCUUCCACUAACAUUAGUAAUACAGUUUUGCCUAGUCUUGUGUUCCAAAUAAAAGACAGUACAAAU